UAUAAGAGCUAAAAGUAGAGUUUGACGAACAAAACUCAACUCGCGCCUUCCACUAUAAAAUUUCUUUUUGGUAUCAGCUUUUCAGGGUUUUGAUCGCUGAAUGAGAUCAAGAAAUCGAAGUGAAGGGAGCUUCAGAAGUACCAUAAAGAUUUUCUUGUGGGCCUACUCAGUCAAUGGAUCAGCAAGGGCAUGGGCAGCCCCCAGUCAUGGGGGUGGUGGGCAGCACAACUCAGAUGUCCUAUGGUAUGGUGCCAUAUCAACCUAACCAAAUGAUGGGACCCUCCCCUCCUGCCUCAGUUGGUGGAUUUCAGUCUCCUCCUCAGGCAGCAGGUGUCUCUGCACCUCCAUCUCAGAUUGCACAGCAUCAACUUGCUUAUCAGCACAUCCACCAGCAGCAACAACAGCAACUGCAGCAACAACUUCAGAACUUCUGGGCGAAACAGUACCAAGAAAUUGAGCAGACAACUGACUUUAAGAACCAUAGCCUGCCAUUGGCUAGGAUUAAGAAGAUAAUGAAAGCAGAUGAGGAUGUAAGAAUGAUAUCUGCUGAGGCUCCAGUCAUAUUUGCCAGGGCCUGUGAGAUGUUCAUCCUAGAACUGACACUGCGGUCUUGGAACCACACAGAAGAGAACAAAAGGAGGACGCUUCAAAAGAAUGACAUUGCAGCUGCCAUCACAAGGACUGAUAUAUUUGAUUUCUUGGUCGAUAUUGUACCAAGGGAGGAUUUGAAAGAUGAAGUACUAUCAUCAAUCCCAAGAGGGACUCUUCCAGUUGGAGGUCCAACUGAGGGUCAUCCUUACUAUUAUAUGCCACCACAGCAUGCUCAACAAGCUGGAGCUCCAGGGAUUUUUGUCGGUAAGCCUGUGGAUCAAGCCCUAUAUGGUCAGCAGCCUUAUCCUUACAUGGCUCAGCAGACUUGGCCGCAGCAACAGCAACCUCCUGCAGAAUCCUAGGCUGGGAGGGAGUGGCUGGACCCAGAAGAUGAAAGACAAUUUGAAUGUUUAAUCAUCAUACUUGCAGUUGAAGGUUGAAUGCUUUUAGAGCUCCUGUGGAACUGUUCUUUUUGCUUCCUAUUAUUACAACUAUAAUACAUUUUAUGUUCUUAGAUUUUGUUAUCGUGUCCUUGUUGCAUCUUUCCUAAUUCUGUAAAAAUGCAAACUCUGGCAUUAUAGAUAAGUGGAGCUCAUGGUUUUCUUGUAUGUAUUGUUUAGAAAAUUCAUGUCUCCGCACGUUGUCUCUCCGGACAAGAUAUUAUAUGUGUUUUCUACAUCCUUUUUUUCAGCUAUAAAAUGCUUCGAAAGGUGGUAAAGAGUUGUGAUAA